AUUUAGGCUCCCUCUGUCCUACAACAUAAGCACACCUUCUCAAGCCAGACCUAUUCUCCUCUCCAAGUUCCAAAAUGUCCCAGUCAGUUGGUGUCUCCUCCAAAACAAUGAAGUUCACCUUCUAUCUCUUGUUGCUUGCCCUCAGCCUCGGAUGUGCUAGCUCGGCUCGGAUACUCGAUGAAGUAGACCCGGGUGACGCGUCAGACGAUGUCCCUGACGUGGCGCCCGUGACGGACCCGACCACCACGUUACCAAGUGGCCAGGUCCCGGCUACUACAACCGGUAGCACACCUGUUAGUGGCGUGACACCAGUGACCGGGCCUGCCACUACUCUCCCGAGUGGACCUGUCCCAGUGGUCGCCCCUGUUGCCACGACAACACCCGAUGCGGGAGCGGCCAGUACUGUGACACCACCGGUUGCCCCUGUUACCACGACAACACCCGAUGCAGGAGUGGCCAAUACUGUGACACCACCUGACGCAGCGCCAGUAGCAGCAACGACUCCAACCACCACACCAACAACUGGGGCCACUGUCCCGGUUAGCGGCACCACAGCCCCCCAAAACGCUCCCUUGUCCUUCUUCAUGCAUGACAUCUUGGGUGGGACUCACCCCUCCGGCAGGGUAGUCACCGGUAUCGUGGCCAACUCUGAUGUCAACAACCUCCCUUUCUCCAAACCCAACUCCCAAGUCUUCCCUAUCAACGGAGGGGUCCCCCUCAACAGUGUCAGCGGCGUCAUCAACAACAACAACGCCCCGUUCCUCGUGGGCCUUAACGGCUCGCCGGGCUCCACCACCAUCCAAAACAACGGCAACAACAACGUGGCCACUGGCGGCAACAACCUGCCAUUUGUCUCCGCGGGCCAGCUCCCGACGGGCCUAACCCUCCAACAACUCAUGUUCGGGUCCAUAACCGUGGUCGACAACGAGCUGACCGAGGGGCACGAGCUGGGAUCCGGUGUGGUGGGAAAAGCGCAGGGUUUUUACUUGGCCAGCUCGUUGGAUGGGACUAGCCACACGCUCGUUCUGACCGCGUUGUUCCACGGGGGCGAUGGCGACCUUGCUGUGGACGAUACCGUUAGUUUCUUCGGGAUCCACCGGACCGGGUCGCCCUUGUCCGAGAUAGCGGUGAUCGGCGGGACCGGGAAGUACGAGAAUGCGAAAGGGUAUGCCACCAUUGAGACACUUCUAAAUCAGGUGGAUCAGCACACAACUGAUGGUGUGGAAACUCUCACCCAGUUCAGUGUUUAUCUCACUCCCUAGAGUCUCACUCUUUUUAAUGGGAUUUGGAGUCAAUUAUCUGUUGUGGAUUAAUGUUGUUUGAGUGAAUGUUUAUUUUCCAUGUACCUUGUUAUGUGUUUGUGUGAGUGAAUCAUGAGUUUGAAAAUAGAGCAUUGGUUGAUCUUCAAA